AUGAUUCCAAAUCAUGUAUUGAUCUUGGGAUGUCCAAAAACGGGAAAGAUAAGGAUAGCAGAUUGGCUACUGGAAGAUGAAAAACUUGAAAACAUUAACGCUGAAUCUCAUAGUGGAUUGAUCCUAAAGACACGACUCAGAACGAACUACUAUCUGACAGACUUGAACAUAUUGAUUGAUGAAUUUCCUUCAGAAAGAUCCAAUAUAAAUACCAAUGACCUGCUCAAAUUUAACGAACUCAAGCUUUGGUAUGAGGAGUUCAAGACUGUUGAAUGUAAAGAACUAAGAGACGUCUUGGACGGCUUGAUAUUUACCGUCAACCUAGAUUCCGAUUCUACUGAUUAUAUCAGCCAAUCUUUGUCCCUCAUUAGUGAUUUGAAGGAUUUCAUGAAGUCAGAAAGCGAUAAUGACAUAUUUUUCAUCAUAUCGGCAAUAUCUGAACAGAAAGUACCAUUUGAAGAUGUGGAAGACAUUGCCAUAUCAAACGGGUUGGAAUUCAUCUAUUUCAAUGAAAGUGGUACUAACGAAUUCAAAGAAAAAGUCGGGAAAGACAGAAUAAAGGAAAUUCUAGAGACACACGAAUGGAAGAAUAUAGACCUUGGAAAUGAUGACUACGAAAACCACAAAAUGCAAAAAUUGGACGAUAUGAGGACCAUGCUAAUUGAAUCCGAGGAUGGCUCACACCAAAUGGAUUUCACAACCGUCUUGGAUAAACUUCAAAUAGCCAAGGGCAAAGCGGAUUCUAUCUCUGAUAUCAGUGAGAGAGAGAAGUAUGCAAAGACUGUCAUAGGCGAAAUAAUAGAUUAUAUAUAA